UUGACAAUAAAUUGGAGUCGCGAUGGAUGAAAAAGAUAAUCCGUUUGAUAUGGACAGCUCCAGCUUCGAUUCGGAUAGGUAUCUGGAGAAGCUGCUGAAGGAUUGCUCACUGAAGCAGAUCAUGGACACGGAGGCGGCCGUUGUGAAGGAUACACAAACAUUGCACUCGGAUAUGCAAACACUUGUCUACGAGAACUACAACAAGUUCAUCUCGGCCACGGACACCAUUCGCAAGAUGAAGGACGACUUCAAGCAGAUGGAGACGGACGUGAAUCUGCUCAUGACCAAGAUGCAAUCGAUAACCACAUUCAGUGAGCAAAUCACAGGCACACUGCAAGGAACCCGCUCCCAGCUCUGUCGCCUCUCCGAGAAGCAUUCGCUGCUCAAGCGCUUGCAGUUUCUCUCCACGCUGCCGGCCAAGCUGAAGACGUUAAUUGAGGAGCAGAAUUAUGCGCAGGCUGUGCAGGAUUAUCUGCAUGCCCAGAAGGUGUUUGCCCAAUACGGCAGACAGCCCUCCUUUGAUGGCAUCCAGCGUGACUGCGAUGCCAUAAUGGCCGAGCUGAAGGAGCGUCUGCGUCAGGACUUCCAAAGGGCUGGAAAUACCGCGCAAUCCUUGACAGAAAUCGGUGAACUGCUGUUGCAGCUGGACGAGAAGACCUCGGAUUUAGCCAGCGAGAUGCUGAGAUGUGCUGGCAAGCGAUUGCAUGAACAGAUUGCCAUGCUGCAGGAUCAGACAGAGAGGGAUAUGCUGGAAUUUGUGGACAUGGGCAUCGAGGGUUUCCUCAACGAUCUGGCAUUGGUUGUCACUUCCUAUUUUGACAUGUUUGUGGCCAAGCACUAUGAGCAUGAACGCGAUGACUUCCAGGAGAAUGCCCUCAAUGAGCUGAACAUCUUCCUCAAUCAGAACAUUGACAAUUACCUCAGCCUGGUGCAGGAUCGCGUUGAGUCUGACAUUGGCUACGGCGACACUCAGGUCAUGCUCCGAGCUCUGGAUCGACUCCAUCGCCGGCUGCAGGCGAUGCGCAACAUCUGCCGUGGCCUUCAGGUGCAACGCAACACACUGGACAUCAUCAUUGGAGCUGCUCACCAGCUCUGCGAUGCACAUGGCAAGAGCCUGAGGGAUCACUUUGCGGAUAGUCUCAGUGCGGUGCGUUUGUCGCUGGUUUCGGCCAAAAGCGAUGUGGCCACGGGCGUGAAUCUCAACGAUCUUAUCAGUAAUCUGUAUGUGGCCAUGCUGGAGAAGAUCAAGGGUGUGCUGCAGGAUCUGUUGAUCUUUCUGCGCACCGAUUGGUCCUUCAACAUCAAGGCGGAGCACAAGGGUGCUUUGUGUGUGGAGGGCAUUAGGGAGCAUCUACUUAUUGGCUUCCUGCGUCACAUUUCCAAGAUGAUGUGCGGAUUUGCCGACACCUCCAGCUCCAGUCCGCCCAAUUUACUGCUGGUGCUCUCAAAGACUUGCCUCGAACUGGAGCAGCAGGGCGUCCAUAUAUUGAUAGCGCUAGUCGAUGAUCUGUAUGAGAUUGACUCGGAGAACAGCGCCACGCUCACCCACGAGACGGAGAUUUGUGCUGAGAUGCGAGAGACGGCACAGUCCGUGCUGGAUGCCUACGUCCGCUUGCAGGGCACAAACAUCUCGCAGAUGUUGCGCAAAAGCGUCGAGACACGGGAUUGGCUCAACUGCCUGGAACCACGCUCCGUGCGUGCUGUGAUGAAGCGCGUCGUGGAGGAACUGGGCAGCAUUGAAACAGUUGUGGCCAGCUUGUACGACACCGCCACAACCAAUGCAGGAUUUCGUACCACGGCAAGCAGCGACUCUAGCCGUAAGACGUACUUUAGUAACUUUAAUGCCACAAAGCCACAAUAUCGCUCCAACUGGUCCAACUACACGCCCUCCCAGCUCGAGUCGAGCUAUGUGUCCAAUAUACAUCGUCUGUUCUCCGAGCGUGUGGACAUCUUUACCUCCGUGGAGUUUACCAAGACCUCCAUUGUCAUGGGCAUCAUUAAGAUUGGGCUAAAGACGCUCCUGGAGUGCGUGCGUCUGCGCACAUUCAGCAAGUUUGGACUGCAACAGAUCCAGGUGGAUGCACACUAUCUGCAAAUGAAUCUCUGGCGCUUUGUCAGCGAUGAGAACCUGGUUAACUUUCUGCUGGAUGAGAUACUUGGCUCGGCGGUGCAUCGUUGUCUGGAGUCCGUGCUGAUGGAGCCCAAUGCCGUGGAGAUCAUUUGCGAGCGUGGUUAGUACUUAAAGCAUUGGCUACAACUAUAAACAAAAAUUGUAUUUGCAACAUUCCUGGCUUUAAUAUUUGUCUGUCUAUUUAAUUUUGUUAUUCAUUGCUAGCCUAAGGACUUGACAUAAUAUACAACUACACAAA